AUCGCCUUCAACCCUAUCUGGUGCAUCUUUGGCAGAAAGUUUUUUGGCAUGGACACAGGUUCAGUGGGAGGAUUAGAAUUGACUGAGCAGACUCCUGUUUUAUUAGGGAGUACGGCCAUGGCAACUAGUCUCACCAAUGUAGGAAAUUCAUUUAGUGGUCCACCUAAUCCUUUAGUUGCUAGAUCUAAUAAAUUUCAAAAUUCAUCAGUGGAAGAUGAUGACGAUGUUGUUUUUAUCGAACCUGUACAACCUCCCCCACCUUCUGCACCAGUGGUAGCUGAUCAAAGAACCGUAACAUUUACAUCAUCAAAAAAUGAAGAACCACAAGGAAACGAUUCCAAAAUUCUGCCUUCCUCAAAAGAGUUGGCUUCUCAGAAGGGAAGUGUAAGUGAGACAAUUGUCAUUGAUGAUGAAGAGGACAUGGAAACAAAUCAAGGGCAAGAGAAAAAUUCCUCCAAUUUUAUUGAACGGAGACAUCCUGAGACUAAAAACAGAACCAAUGAUGUGGAUUUCUCCACUUCCAGUUUUUCAAGAAGUAAGACCAAGACUGCAGUAGGACCUUUUAAUCCUGGUAGAAUGAAUGUGGCAGGAGACGUAUUUCAGAAUGGAGAAUCUGCAACUCAUCAUAAUCCUGAUUCUUGGAUUUCCCAGUCAGCUUCAUUUCCUCGUAAUCAGAAACAACCAGGAGUGGAUUCUUUAUCACCAGUGGCCUCGCUUCCUAAACAAAUUUUCCAGCCUUCUGCACAACAACAACCCACUAAACCAGUUAAAGUCACUUGUGCAAACUGCAAAAAACCUUUACAGAAGGGACAGACAGCUUAUCAGCGAAAAGGAUCAGCUCACCUCUUUUGUUCUACCACUUGCCUUUCCUCCUUCUCUCACAAGCCGGCUCCAAAGAAACUUUGUGUUAUGUGUAAAAAAGAUAUAACUACAAUGAAAGGAACUAUUGUUGCUCAAGUGGAUUCAAGUGAAUCCUUCCAGGAAUUCUGUAGUACAUCUUGUUUGUCUCUCUAUGAGGACAAACAGAAUCCUACUAAAGGAGCUCUAAAUAAAUCAAGAUGUACAAUUUGUGGUAAACUAACAGAGAUUCGCCAUGAAGUCAGCUUUAAAAAUAUGACUCAUAAGCUGUGCAGUGACCACUGCUUUAAUAGAUACAGAAUGGCCAAUGGUUUAAUAAUGAAUUGCUGUGAACAGUGUGGGGAGUACCUGCCCAGCAAAGGUGCUGGAAAUAAUGUCCUGGUGAUUGACGGUCAGCAGAAAAGAUUUUGCUGUCAAAGUUGUGUCAGUGAAUACAAACAGGUAGGUAGCCAUCCAAGCUUUCUGAAGGAGGUUCGAGACCACAUGCAGGACUCUUUCUUAAUGCAGCCCGAGAAAUAUGGAAAACUGACCACUUGUACUGGUUGCCGGACACAGUGCAGGUUUUUUGAUAUGACUCAGUGUAUAGGUCCUAAUGGAUAUAUGGAGCCAUAUUGUUCAACUGCUUGCAUGAACAGUCACAAGACAAAAUAUGCAAAAUCACAAAGUUUGGGAAUUAUUUGCCAUUUUUGUAAGCGAAACUCUUUACCUCAAUAUCAAGCCACAAUGCCUGAUGGGAAACUGUAUAACUUUUGCAAUUCCAGUUGUGUGGCUAAAUUUCAGGCUCUAAGUAUGCAGUCAUCUUCAAAUGGUCAGUUUGUAGCUCCAAGUGAUAUUCAGUUGAAAUGCAACUAUUGCAAAAAUUCCUUUUGUUCAAAGCCAGAAAUCCUGGAAUGGGAGAACAAAGUGCAUCAGUUCUGCAGCAAAACUUGUUCAGAUGACUAUAAGAAGUUGCAUUGCAUAGUUACAUAUUGCGAAUACUGUCAAGAGGAGAAGACUCUUCAUGAAACAGUAAAUUUCUCUGGCGUUAAGAGACCUUUCUGUAGUGAAGGCUGCAAACUAUUAUAUAAACAGGAUUUUGCACGACGUUUAGGAUUGAGAUGUGUUACUUGCAACUAUUGCUCUCAACUGUGUAAGAAGGGAGCAACUAAAGAACUUGAUGGUGUUGUGAGAGAUUUCUGUAGUGAAGACUGCUGUAAGAAAUUUCAGGAUUGGUACUACAAGGCUGCAAGGUGUGACUGUUGUAAAUCUCAAGGAACGCUUAAAGAGAGAGUCCAGUGGCGUGGAGAAAUGAAACAUUUCUGUGAUCAACACUGCUUACUACGUUUCUACUGUCAGCAAAACGAGCCCAAUAUGACAACUCAGAAAGGACCUGAAAAUUUACAUUAUGAUCAGGGUUGUCAGACAUCCCGAGCCAAAAUGACAGGUUCAGCACCACCCCCUUCUCCAACACCUAACAAAGAGAUGAAGAACAAAGCUGUUCUUUGCAAACCUUUAACAAUGACAAAAGCUACUUAUUGUAAACCUCACAUGCAGACCAAAUCUUGUCAGACAGAUGAUAAUUGGAAGACAGAAUAUGUUCCAGUGCCUAUCCCUGUGCCUGUGUAUAUCCCAGUACCUAUGCACAUGUACAGUCAGAAUAUUCCUGUUCCUACUACAGUUCCUGUUCCUGUGCCGGUUCCUGUUUUUCUGCCUGCCUCAUUGGAUAGCAGUGAGAAGAUCCCUGCAGCAGUUGAGGAAUUAAAAAGCAAAGUUUCUUCAGAUCCUCUUGAUACAGAGCUGCUUACAAUGACAGAUAUGAUGACUGAAGAUGAGGGGAAAACAGAAGCUGCCAACAUCAACAGUGUAAUAAUUGAAACAGACAUAAUUGGUUCAGAUCUCUUGAAGAACUCUGACCCAGAGACACAGUCCAAUAUGCCUGAUGUACCAUAUGAACCAGAUUUGGAUAUUGAAAUAGAUUUCCCCAGAGCUGCUGAGGAGCUUGAUAUGGAAAAUGAAUUUUUAUUACCACCUGUUUUUGGAGAAGAAUAUGAGGAACAGCCUAGACCUCGAUCUAAAAAAAAGGGAGCCAAGAGAAAAGCUGUAUCAGGAUACCAGUCUCAUGAUGAUAGUUCUGACAAUUCAGAAUGCACCUUUCCUUUCAAAUAUACGUAUGGUGUAAACGCAUGGAAACACUGGGUCAAAACUAGGCAACUUGAUGAAGAUCUUCUGGUAUUAGAUGAGCUAAAAUCUCCUAAAUCAGUAAAGUUAAAAGAGGAUCUGCUCUCUCACACCACAGCUGAGCUUAACUAUGGGUUAGCCCAUUUUGUCAAUGAGAUCCGACGGCCAAAUGGAGAGAGUUAUGCACCUGACAGCAUCUAUUAUCUUUGCCUUGGAAUACAGGAGUACUUGUGUGGUAGUAAUCGAAAAGACAACAUAUUUAUUGAUCCAGGAUACCAAACAUUUGAGCAAGAAUUGAAUAAAAUACUCCGAAGUUGGCAACCCAGCAUACUUCCAGAUGGGUCAAUAUUUUCUCGAGUUGAAGAAGAUUAUCUCUGGAGGAUAAAACAACUAGGAUCACACUCUCCAGUAGCUCUUCUGAAUACCCUGUUCUACUUUAACACUAAGUAUUUUGGCCUGAAAACAGUGGAACAACACUUAAGACUUUCCUUUGGCACAGUAUUUAGGCAGUGGAAAAAAAAUCCUUUAACAAUGGAAAACAAAGCAUGUCUUCGAUACCAAGUGUCUUCCUUAUGUGGAACAGAUAAUGAAGAUAAAAUUACUACUGGAAAAAGAAAACAUGAAGAUGAUGAGCCAGUAUUUGAACAAAUUGAAAAUACAGCCAAUCCUUCUAGAUGUCCUGUGAAAAUGUUUGAAUGCUACUUGUCUAAAAGUCCACAGAAUCUUAAUCAGAGAAUGGAUGUUUUUUAUUUGCAACCAGAAUGCUCUAGUUCUACAGAUAGUCCUGUCUGGUACACAUCUACUUCACUGGACCGAAACACCUUGGAAAAUAUGCUUGUACGGGUUCUUUUAGUAAAAGAUAUUUAUGAUAAAGACAAUUAUGAACUGGAUGAAGACACAGACUAAAAAGGAACGUUUCAGAAGCAAUCGGGAUAAAACAGCAUUAGAUAGUCAUGCUGCUAGAUCUUUAUUAUGGAAAACAUUUCAAGUUUACUCUUUCUGUUUUGAGUUUUGUAGCAGUGUACCCACACUGGGUAUUACCAUGUAAAUAAUCUGUGAGUGAAAGUUACCAUUAUUCUAUGUAGUGGUUUUAGGAUACUUAACAAAUACAUUCAGAUUCUUUUUUUAUUAUUAUUUAUUUGAUUAGGUAUGUUUGUAACUUUUUACAUUACAAAAUACGAAUGAGAAUGUGCCAUGUAUAAUUUUUUCUUGUAGUAAGAAACAUCCAUAUUGCACAACUCUACUGUUGCAAGGCUUCCUUGAAAGGAGGCAAUUUUACUGGGUUCUUGACCAGAUGGUUGUGUAUGGGUAGCACUACUAAAAGUUUAGAACUUGCAGUGUCUUUCAAAUUUUUAAAAUAAACUGUAAACUAAUAGGCUGGGUUUUUUGUUUUGUUUUUUGGGGGUUUUGUUUGUUUUGUUUUACAUUUCAGUUACUGAAGCCUUACAAGGUUAUGUAGAGAGAUACCAUCUUCUGUACCAAAAAUAGACAAGAGAAUGCUGUCAAUAUUGGUGUACUGUAAUGUGAAUCUAUACUGGUGAAAACAAUUUUUUGUUCCCCUUAUUAAAACCUUAGUGUCAUUUUCUCAUUUGUGGCUUUCUGCAUCAUCCCAGUCAAUAAUAAUAAUAAUAAUAAUAAUAAUAAUGAUAAUAAUAACAGUAUAUGUAUAUAUAUGUAUGUAUAUAUGUAUAUGUAUAUAUAUAUAUGAAGAAUGAUGUUGAAAACAUGAUCACUGAGACAUUUUCUUUAUAAAAGUGUCCAGUGAAAGUACAGAAUUGUUUUCUAUGCCAACCAUAAGUAUUCAAAAUCCCAUUCAUUUAUAGAAGUUUGAUUUUUCUUCCCCCCCUUAAAGAUACAGAUCAUGUUGCAAUAUCUGAGUAGUACUCUAAAACUUUACUGAUUUUAUUAGAAUUUUUGUAUUGCCUUCAGAUAUGACCAAUGCAUACAUUAGAUAAAAUUAUUUUUAGAAAUGCCACUCCCAAAAUAGUUGUUACAGAAAGUCAGGCUAGUUUAAAUAAGAUAGUAUCACAUUUUACUAUGAAGAUUACCAGUGUAGUAAUUCUGAUAUUUCAGAUGAUUAGAGAACAAAGAAACUGAUGGAAAAGAUAAAGUAUAUCUUGAGGGAAAUCACAUUCGAUGUUAAGAUUGUUUGGCUUUUAAAAUUUAAUUACUUCUUAUAGAAGAUUGCAUUAAAAAACUUUGUGCUUCUGCAUAGCAAUUUAUCCGUUCAGACCUUUUCUUUUAGAACAAGGAAGUUUACUUAAAAUCCUACUUUAUAAAGACUGAGCAGAAUGCUAGCUGCAAAUUAUUAUAAAGAAACCAUUUGGCUGACUUCAUAGAGCAUGUGUGUGAUCAUAUUGUCUUGUUUCUGAUUCCUAACUCACCAUGGUGACAUUAGUUUUUUUAAAUUGUUGGGGGGGAAUUUGGGCUAUUUUCCACAGUGGUUAGGCAAUGUCUACAUGUCCCUUAGGUAUUUCUCUCUUGCUUAGGAUGUUAGCAUUCAGAAGGAAUUUUCUCAGUCACGAUAUGGAAAAUUUCACAAGUGUAAUCACUGUAUAUUUAAGCAAUAAUUAUCAGAAGUGUUUUUGGCAUAAAAUUAUGUUCUGACUUGUCUUAUAAGUUUGAAUAACAUUUCUGUCCCUUAAUUUUAUAUUUGUUGAUUUGAUAAUCAGACUGAUAGUAGCAAAUCUGAUAUUACUUUACUAAAAUAGAUUGCUCAUUGUCUGUUUAAUGAAGAAAAGUGGGUAACAUAUUUAAAAUAUAUACUAAAAAAAAUUUCCUCAUACUUAACCUUUUUCCAGAAGUACUUCAAGCACUUUUCCUAUAAAUGCAUAUUGUUGAUAAAAAGGUGGUUAAUCCUAACCAUCUUUUAUUCUUCGAAGUGGUGCUAUAUUCCAUCAAGCAAUAAUGUUUGCCCCAAAUGUCACUUAAUGUUUAUUCUACCAAAUACCAUACAUUUCUGCCGUGGUACUGCUAUUAAGCACCUUGUCUUGCUAUUUACAUUUCCUUUAUUGUACAUUUUAGCUUUUCUAAACAGAAAUGUCUACAUAAUUUUGAUCUUAACAUGAUUGAGGAUUUAGAGAUCUUGUGUUUGUUCUGAAUGCAAUCCAAGGAUUGAUUAACUUGACUCUCAGGGGGAAAAGAAAAAAAAAUUUUUAUAAGAAUUGUCUGUUCUGUGAAACUUAUUUCACCUAGAAUAAUACUUUUUAUCGGUUCCUGGAUGUCCUUAGUUUGUGUGGUCAUAGCUGACUGCUGAGAAAAAGGAGAGUGAAAUGGUAGCGUUGUUUCUUUUUGCUUCUAAGUGAUUUCUGAUUAUAGCAUCCUGUAAAUACAACUUUAUUGUCUUUAGAUGUCUAUUGGAGAUGCUAUAUUUUUUUGUUCUUAAGAUUUUGCCAUUUAAAAUGAAUCAGAGUUUUUAUUCAUAUUGAGAAGGGUGAAUUUCCCAUGCAAAUUGAAUCUUCAUUAACACAAUUUUUAGGUUUUAAACUGUAUUAGGUAAUCUAAGACAUUAAAGGAUUUUUCUAGGCAA